AUGGUGGUGAUUGAUGAUAAUGAUGAUGAUGAUGAUGAUGAUGAUGAUGAUGAUGAUGAUGAUGAUAGCGAUAGGAAUGAUGAAGAGAUAACGAAAGUAUCGAACUGUCGAAUAAUAUUUGAAAUUUUGAAAUUCUCCUAUAUUUUAUAUUGGCUUAUUGAUCUUGUAAUUAAUGUGCAACAAGUUUCCGAUAAUUUACUCGAUAUGGAAGUAUGGAAACGAUGCAUUUGGUCUAGUGUAUUAUUAAUUACUAAUAUUUACUCUCUACUACUUGCAAUUGUCGUUUUACAACUAAUUUACUAUCAACAUUAUAUAAUUAUCGAAGAGCAGGAGUAA